UGCAUAGCCCUGCGAUUGACUUGGAAGCAUGGAAUAAGUCAGUGGGACACGAUGACGGAAGAGAAAAUCGAUCCAGCUCCCCCAGCUACGGAGGAGGAGCCCGCCAGCGCUGCUGUGCCAGAUGCUCCUGGCACAGGCUCAAGAAAGCGCAAGCAGGUCGAGUUCUUCGUUCCUACGGACGUCAAGAAGACAGAAAAGCUGGUGAUAAAGGAGGGCAAAGGAACCAAGCUGGGAGACAUUCCAAACGUGGCCUUCCAUUUUACAAAGGUCACUGGGAGGGAUGAGCUCUUGGAAGAGCUGCACUUUCUGCUCUUCAAACGCAAGGGAACGGCGAACAUGAGGAAGAAGGGGAUCCUGGGCUUCUCAGGAUUCGUCUACGAGGGCAGCGCAGAUGAGGGGCGAGCCAAGUUGGCAGAGAAGCUGGGCAGGUGGAAGCUGGAGGACAUCCACCGCACAAUGGACUUCAUGGACCUGGCCAGGGGCAGCGGCAGCAAGGAAGUCAAGGUCAAUGCACUGCUGGACUUCCUCGAGGAGCCCAAGCCGCUGAAGGAUCAGGACCUGGCCGAAAAGGCUGCGAAGGCAAAGGAAAAAGCCAAGGCCAAGAAGGAGAAGGAGACAGCAAAGAAGGAAAAGGCUGCCCCAGUAAAGGAGCCUGCGAAGAAGAAGGCCAAGAAGGAGACGCCAGCCAAGAAGGAGAAGCCUGCUGCCAAGAAGGACGACAGCGCUGCCAAGAAGAAAGCCACUGCCGCCCCCAAAAAGAAGGCCAAGGCGGCGGCUGCCGAGGAGCCGGAGGAAGCUGAGGAGGAUGACAGCGAGGAUGAGCUGCCUCUGGCGGUUGUGGCCGGCACGCCGAGUGACGAGGAGCUGCGUGAAGCUACCAUGGCCAUCCUCAAGACGGUGCAGCUGGAGGACUUCACCAUGAAGGACCUGCUUCGCCGCCUCGCGGACAAGUAUGGGAUGCCGUUCCAGAAGCGCAAGGAGUUCCUGAGGGAGGUCAUCAACACCUUUGUGGCCGAGAACAAGGCGACGGCGGCUGACGGCGAUGAGGAGGAGCCUGAACAGGACGCGGAGCCAGAGGAAGCUGCAGGCGCCGAGGAAGACGCUGCGGAGCCGAUAGAGCAGGAUGCGGGGGCCGAGGAGCCUGCAGAAGGCGCACAGGAAGCUAACCAGGAGCCGCCGGCGGAGGCUGAAGAGAAGCCGGCCGAGGAGGCGGUGGCAGCUGAGGCCGCUGAUGCUGAACCUGCCACUGGAGGUGAUGCGACUGCCCCGGCUGCUGAGCCGGCAGAAUAGGAGCUCCCUUCUGCAGAGUGUGGAAGGAGCACAAAGAUGCCAGUUGAGAACAAUGGCUUUCAAAAUUUGACUAGCAAGAGACCUUUAAUUGGUACCAGUGGUCAGCCAUGAGCCAACCAGCAGAAAAGAGAGAAACCAGGUUACUGCCAGCCGAGUCUCAGCGUAUCAGGGGUGAGGAUGAGAAUGGGCGUGUGUGAGCAUGGAUUGGAGUUACAGUGGCAAGCGAGGCUGGCCAUCGUUCCACACUUGAUGAUACCGUAGUACGGACUCUGCAAGACAGGCACGUUCAGGUGCUGAAGCGAGCGGUGCAAUUUUGACAGAACUCUAGCUUACAUUUACAUUCUUGAUCAGCACUUGCAUACGUCGUCACCAUCUUUGCAUGCAUGAUAUUCCUAAAGCUUUGAUGACAUGGCCGCGCCUUGCAUGCACAAUGAUUCCACACUUCAACAAGUAGGCAGGGUGCAUUGGAACAAUGGUCAUGGGUCUCAAAUUGAUGGUCUGUUCGUCUGCCUGUUUGCUUUCUUAAGGUCCACAUGAAAAGCAACUGCCGUUCUGUGUAAAGGAGCUCCAUUC